AAAUGUCUUCAUUUGUAGUAUUCUUUUAUAAAUUGAACAAAUGCUUUAUUUAGUUUAAAUUUUAAUUUUUAUAUAAGAAAGUAAAACUCGACCUUUAAGCCUAAAGAAAUGUGCUUUAAAAUUGUUAUUUUUCAAGUUAUGUGUAGAAGAGAAUGUUUCCGUGCUAUAAUUUUUUUUCAUUUUAGACUUCUGAGAGCAGCGACGUUUUCUAUUUAAAAAAACGCAAUUAAAAUUAAAUUGUUUACAUAUUAAUAAUUUGAAAGAUAUAGUAUAGAUAUUUGAAAAAACGUAAAUUUAAAGCUACUAGUUGAAUUUACGGAGUUAGAAAAGUAUGUACAUGUCCUAAAAGGACAAGCUAAGAUAAAUGCUUACUUUGUACCUAUUAGGUAUAAUUAUAGAAUAGGAAUCAGUAUUAUAAAGCAUGUUAACAAAAGCGACUGAUAAUAAAUGUCAGCUCGUUACAAACUAAUAAAAUUGGUUUGAAUCUCUGUUCAAUUAGUGGCAACAGAGAGAACGAGUCUAUCGUUUUGACUCUGUGAUACAAAUCUACGUGAAUAAUAUGUAUGUGGAGAGCGAAGCAAAGAGAAGUGAAGUCGCGGAAAUGUUCGAUUUAAGUCGUCUGAUUUCGUAGUUAAAACUAUACGCUUAUAAGCUAAAAAUAUGAUGAAAUCUGAUAUUAAUUUUAAUAGUAAUGAAAUGAAUAUUUUUUACUGCGAACUGACAUGAAUAUCGACCUUUGUUGAGGUAUAAAGCUAAGCUUUACUAUGUCCAAAAAGUUGAUUGGUGCAAUGAAGAUUAGUGCUUACUGUAAAAUAUAAGAUAAAAAUUAACGUUAUAAAAACAAUCUACUUUGGAGUGCUUUUACUAUAACAUUAAAUUAAUGAUUUAUAAACUGUACCUGUAUGUGAUACAUCUGAGCUAAUGAUAAUGAUAGGAACUAGAAAAUGUACAGUAAAAGUUGUUUAUAAAUUAAAUAUCAUAUGUUAUGAAAUUAUGAAAACUGUAUAAAAUAGUUUUUUUUUUUUAUAAAUAAAAGCGAAAUUCGUUGUAAAGAAAUAUGAGUUAUUUUUCGGUGUUUUACAAUCAUUACAAUUUGCUCUGUAGGAAAAACCAAUUGUUCAAGAUAUUCUUUACUAGCUCACACUGAGAAACAAUUAAAUUUAUGCAAACAUAAAUUAUCAAAUCUUAUCCAAGCUAAUAUAAUUCUCUUAAAUGUAUAGUUUAGUGCAAUUCUAGUCAAAACGCCAAAAUUACAUUUAAAGAUUUACGGCAUUUCCGAAUGUGUUCGGCAUACAAUUAGUAAACUUCUUUUUUUUCGUGUGUUUUAAAUAUUAUGAAGAUUAUUAGGUGCUAAUCAGGUUUAGGGAAUAUUAGGUAAUCUAGUAAUUCUUUAUUUCAUUUAUUAACGAAUACUUUAAACUUCAUUUCAUGUCAACAUUUGGAACUUUAUGUUAUAAAAGCUGUCAUUUCAUUUACCAUUCGAGUGCGACUUUACCGACUCACGUCUUGAUGACAAACAAUUAAAGUAGCGUCGUAACCUUAUAAAGGUGAACAAAGUUUGUUUACUUCUCACUCAUAGUACUGUAACUCAUCUACAGUACGAAAUAUAAACAGUGCCGAUAACUUGUUUAAAUGCAACAUAUAUUCAACGCACAGUUUAAAACAAUUUAUAUUUGGCGAAGUCAAAUAUCAUCGAGUUUGAAGUAUAUUAAUUCAAAUUACUUUGUGUAUUUACUAAGUAGAGCUUUUUCCAAUAGCAAUGGGUGAUGAAUAUUUGAAAAUUGAUGGGAGUUUGGGUGAAGGUGGUGGUCAAGUAUUAAGAGUAGCUUUAUGUUUGAGUGCUUUGUAUAAAAUUCCCAUUGAAAUAGAUAAUAUUAGAGCUGGACGUCCAAAGCCAGGAUUAUCUGCACAACAUCUGAAGGGAGUAGAGCUAGUAACAAAAAUGUGUAAUGCAGAAGUCACUGGAGCUGAAUUAGGUUCAACAAAUUUAAAAUUCAAACCUGGAUCAAUGCUGCAUAAAAAGCACGAAUUGACAGCUGAUACAAAAACUGCAGGUUGCAUUUGCUUACUCAUACAAGUUGCUCUUCCUUGUGCUCUUUUUGCAUCUAAAGCAGGUACAUACAUUCUCAAGGGUGGUACUAAUGUCCCAUUUGGUCCUCAAAUUGAAUAUUUUAAGAAUGUUUUUAGACCUUUACUGAAAAAAUUUGGAGGAUUUUUUGAACUUGAUAUAUUGAGAAGAGGAUAUUACCCUCAAGGAGGAGGAGAAGUACACAUGAGAGUAACUCCUGUUCGUAAUCUCAAAGCUGUUCAUUUGUUAGACCCAGGUAUUCCAAUUGAUGUAAGAGGUUGGUCAUUUGUCGCUGGUUCAGUCAAUAUAAUUGAGGCACAAAAAAUGACGAAUGAUGCAAAGACAAAAAUUAUUCAAGAAUUAAAAAAAUGUGACAUUACUACACCACCUGUAGAAAUUAUAACAUAUAAAGAGCCUAGAAAUAGUGCUGUAGGACACGGAUCUGGUAUCAAUAUUAUGUGCAAAACAUCACGAGAUUGUGUAUUUGGAGGAUCUGGUCUUGGCUCUAAACAAAGAACCCCAACCCCUCCUGGGAUCGAAGCUGCUAAUCAAUUAUUGUAUCCAAUAUUAGCAGAUGCUUGUGUAGAUGAGCAUUUACAAGAUCAGAUGAUUAUAUUAAUGGUGCUUGCCAAAGGAUUAUCUAAAAUAAGAAUUGGCAAAAAUGAUCUCACUUGUCAUGCAGCAACUGCAAAACAAGUUGCUGAAAUUAUGCUUGGAAGUAGAGGAUUAUUAUUUACCAUGAACCAAGAUACUAAUGGUUCUAAUAUUCUUGAGUGCAAUGGCUUAGGAUUACAAAAUGAAUUUCUUGACUAA